AUGGCGCCUGCAAUUCGAGAAACUUCCUCGGUUGGAUGGAAUGUAGUUUCGAACAUCAUUGGCUGGACAUACUUCUUGUCUUGGUCGGUUAGCUUCUAUCCUCAAGCAAUUCUCAACUGGCAACGCAAGAGUGUUCAAGGAUUAUCAAUUGAUUUCCUGUAUUACAAUGUCCUUGGUUUCCUUUGCUAUUCGAUAUUCAACGUCGCCUUUUUCUUCAGUGAAACGAUCCAAGAACAAUGCAAGAAUCAUUCAAGCGGUAAUCUUGUACGUGCCAACGAUGUCAUGUUUGCUGUCCAUGCUUUCUUGAUCUCAUCCUUUACACUCGGACAAACGUUUAUUUACAAGGCAAAGGCUCAGAAAUUAUCGACAACCGCUACAGUCUUGAUCAGCAUUCCAAUUGUUGGUGCUGGAAUUGGAUUGCUGGCAGUCGAGUUUAAUGGCAUACUAUGGAUCGACCUGAUGUACUACCUGAGCUAUGUUAAACUGGCCAUUAGUUUUAUCAAAUACCUUCCUCAAGUUUGGCUGAAUUACAAGCGUAAAUCUACUGUUGGUUGGAGUAUCUACAAUAUCCUUUUGGAUUUUGCUGGUGGUGCACUGUCUAUCGGUCAGCUCUUACUGGAUGCUUCUAUUAGUGGUGACUGGAGUGGUGUAUCAGGGGAUCCCGUAAAAUUUGGUCUGGGAUUUGUCGCAAUUGCAUUCGAUUUGGUGUUUAUCGUCCAGCAUUAUAUACUCUAUCGGGAUCGAACAGACUUUUACCUUAAUUCUGUAGAAGAAGAACGUCGUCGCCUGAUUGCCGAAGGACGUGUUCCCCACCAUGAACCUGACCAAGAAAACUAUAACUCUACUGGGUGGACCCAAUAAAACAAAAAAAAACAAACAUAUUUCAGUAAUAUUUGUCAAAUUUAUUAUAUCUAUAAUCCAUGAUAUAAUUUAAACUAUGUAAAAUUGGAAAAGAGAACCUCUUUUCAAUAAUGUUUAAUACUAAUAAUAAUGAUAAUAAUGAUAAUAAACUGUAUUUUAGGACAAGAUACUAAAGAUAGAUAGAGUAAAAUGUGAUUAAAAUUAAAGGAUCAAUGUGCUGAUCCCAAAUGACACUGAAUACAAAUUUACAUCCUCUUUACUGUAUGUAUAUAAUAUAUACCAUCAUUAUGCCGUUGUUCG